AUGGGCUCACCGGUCUCCGGUUUGGUGGCAGAACUGGUCCUACAGGAGUUGGAAAAGAUUGCCUUCCUCCAACAUGAACCGGUGUUUUGGCGACGUUACGUUGACGACACGUUCGUCAUCGUAAAGAAGGACAUGCUGCAACAUUUUCACAGCCUGCUCAACGCAGUCUUCCCGGAUAUAAAAUUCACGAGAGAAGAAGAACAGGAGCAGCAGUUGCCCUUCCUGGAUGUACUCGUCAGACGAAACCUUAACGGUGAACUUGAAACGACGGUUUAUAGGAAGGCAACGAACACCACACAGCUUCUCAGUUUUCACAGCAACCAUCCGGUGGCUCACAAACGAAGCUGUGUGAAGACGCUCUUCAAACGGAUCCAAACUCAUUGCAGCAAACUGGAAGACAGAGCGCGUGAGGCCCGUUAUCUCCGCGACCAGUUUGUGCAAAAUGGCUAUCCGAGGGCAUUCAUAAGUCGCUGCCUACGCGGUCGCCACCAGAGAACUCAAACAUCAACGCCACCGACGAUAUGGCAUGCUCUGCCAUACAUCAAGGGUGUUUCAGAAGCGACCGAGCGCAUUGCUGCGGAGCUAGGGGUUGGAAUCGCACACCGCCCCAAAGCCACCAUGCGCAACAGGGUCAUGAAGAUCAAAGACAGGUUAAAACCUGAAGAGCAAUCUGGAGUAGUGUAUCGCAUUCCGUGUCAAAAUUGUCCUUGUAAUUACACAGGACAAACUGGACGCAUGCUCGGAUCGCGCAUACAUGAACAUAAGCUGGCUGUGCGGCGAGGCGACGCAUUGGCACAAGUGGCCGCCCACACCUACGAAAUGGGUCACGAGUUUGACUUCGCUGCCACCAAAAUAGUCGCCCACGCCGGAAACAAAACAGGCCGAGAAUUGAUUGAAGCCUGGGCCUCGGAUGAGAACUCGGUCAAUCGAUUUAUCGAUCUGGCGCCGGCGUACAGAGCCCUUCGUAGUCACCUCCAGUCGUGCGACGUCGGUCGAUGA